CAUUCAGAUGCAUUUCUCAUGACUGAGAUUGUUAGAUGUUCUAAUCACCUGUUUUUUCUCUUGUUUUAGCCUCAAGGAAUAGGUUCACCUAGUGUCUACCACGCUGUUAUAGUGAUCUUCUUGGAGUUCUUCGCUUGGGGACUCCUGACAGCACCCACUCUGGUGGUUUUGCAUGAAACCUUCCCGAAACAUACAUUUCUGAUGAAUGGUCUAAUUCAAGGAGUAAAGGGCUUACUGUCGUUCCUCAGUGCCCCGCUCAUCGGUGCCCUGUCUGAUGUGUGGGGACGAAAGUCCUUUUUGCUGCUAACAGUAUUUUUCACCUGUGCACCAAUACCACUAAUGAAGAUCAGCCCAUGGUGGUACUUUGCUGUUAUCUCUGUCUCUGGAGUUUUUGCAGUGACGUUUUCAGUGGUUUUUGCAUAUGUAGCAGACAUAACCCAGGAACAUGAGAGAAGCAUGGCCUAUGGUUUGGUUUCAGCAACGUUUGCAGCAAGUUUAGUCACCAGCCCUGCUAUUGGUGCCUACCUUGGUCGAGUCUACGGGGACAGCUUGGUUGUGGUCCUGGCUACAGCAAUAGCCUUGUUGGACAUUUGCUUUAUUCUUGUUGCUGUACCGGAAUCGCUGCCAGAGAAGAUGAGGCCGGCAUCCUGGGGAGCGCCCAUUUCCUGGGAACAGGCUGACCCUUUUGCAUCACUGAAGAAAGUCGGCCAGGACUCAGUUGUGCUGCUCAUCUGCAUAACAGUCUUUCUUUCCUACCUCCCAGAGGCAGGUCAAUAUUCCAGCUUCUUCCUAUACCUCAGACAGAUAAUGGGAUUUUCCUCUGAAAGCGUUGCAGCGUUUAUAGCAGUCCUGGGGAUUCUCUCCAUUAUUGCCCAGACAAUAGUUUUGAGUUUACUUAUGCGAUCCAUUGGAAAUAAAAACACCAUCCUUCUGGGCCUGGGAUUUCAAAUACUCCAGCUUGCGUGGUAUGGCUUUGGAUCCGAACCAUGGAUGAUGUGGGCAGCUGGUGCUGUUGCAGCCAUGUCCAGUAUCACCUUCCCAGCUGUCAGCGCGCUGGUCUCACGAACUGCUGACGCUGACCAACAGGGUGGGUUUUGUCCUAAUACAUGGAAUUCUCGUCUAAGGACA